ACUUUGUUGUUUAUGGCUCUGUUGAGCGCACACACCUUGUUGAGUUGUGAUAUCUAGGGUCUCAGAUAUAUAACUAUGUAAAAUGACUUUUGCAGCUCAUUUUGUCCCAUUUGGUGUAUUUUUUAGCAACACCAUUGAUGAUUGUAUGUCAUGUAAAUGAGAGAGGGAGAAUGGCAGAUAUAUAUGGACUUUAAAGCGAUGUGAACUGAGUUUAGUGGUUAUUGCAGAGAAGGAGGAAGUCAAAUGUGAAGACUAUUACUGUAGCCUUUCACAAUCAGCCAUUCAGCCCUCCCCCUGUCCAAGUGAAGGUAACAAGCAGACCCUGACAGAAAGCUACAGCUGAAGAUGAAUCCAUGGACCCUCUCUGUGCUCCUGCUGCUAGCUGAUGUCAGCAAAGUGAAACCUAUGGAGCCACUCCCAGUGUGUGUGUGUGUGUAUAAAGGAUCUGGGAUCCUCUCUGUGUGAGUCCAGUCAGCACAGAUAGCUGAAGAGAGAACUUCACCAGUCCAGUCUCCCUUAAAGUUAGAGCUCGACCUGUGGGUCACCAUGGGGGUAAAGGGCUUAUCUUCACUCCUGGAGGACAACAGAAUGAUCUCCCCGGACAUCCACUUCAGGAAGAGCAAGCUAGUGGUGGAUGGAAACAAUAUGCUCUUCCACCUCUACUUCUCGUCCAACCUGGACCAGAACCAUGGCGGGGAGUACCUGGCCUUCCAGGUGGAGGUCCAGGCUUUCUUCAAGACUCUGGCCGACUGUGGAAUCAAACCAUACGUGGUGAUGGACGGAGGCUCGAGCACCAGUGACAUCAAACUGGAAACCUUCAAAAUCCGGGCCAGAGAGAAGGUCCAGAAGACCCAUGAUGCCGCUUUGAUGGGCAGAAAGGGACGCAUCCUCCCCACCCUCACCAAGCACGUGUUCAGACAGACGCUGAACGACCUGAAGGUGCCGCUGGUCCAGUGCUUCGGAGAGGCCGACGGCCGGCUGGCUGCCCUGGCCAAAGAGUGGUGCUGCCCGGUUCUGUCCGCAGACAGCGACUUCUACAUCUUUGACCUUCCUGGGGGGCUUCUGCAGCUGGAUCACUUCCGGUGGCGCGCAGUGGAGACGCAUCGUGGCAUCCCCUGCAGGCGAUACUCGAUGUCCAGCUUCUGCACCUUCUUCAACAUCGACCCCCAGCUACUGCCCGUCUUCGCCUCACUGGCCGGGAACGACUACGUCAACCUCAGAGAUGUUAAGUGGGCCAGAUACCUUCCAGCGGGAAGUCCUAAAAUGAAGUUCAGUGGCACUAACCUGGUGGGCCUCCUGAGUUGGCUGGGAGCCAGGGCAGACCGGACGACAGAAGACACCCUGACAGCAGUGAUGGAUCUCAUGCCCAGCAUGAGUCAACAGAGGCAGACAGAGGCGCAGACGAUGCUGAGGAAGUCCAUGCUGGAGUACCGGCUCCCCAGCUCCUCUCUGCGGGGGUUCUUCAGCCAGGGAACCGUUCCGCCGCUGCCCGCUGAGAUGUUGCGCUGUGUCCCCGAAUGGGUCCGCGCGCCCCUGGCCAGAGGAGAGCUGAACAGUGACGUGUUGGGCCUUCUUGUGCACAGGAGGAACAAACUGCGAACCCAGGUGGAGCACAGCGACCUACAGAGCUCCAACCUCACCUCGAAGCACAUCCGGCAGGUGUGGUACGGGCUGCUGCUGGGCCUGGGGGGGGGUGAGAUGGAGGAGGUGGACCGGGUCGGUCUGGAGCUCAUCAGUUUCCAGGUGCGACCAGUGGUCCAAGGAGCCGCUCAGACACUGAGGCUGGACUCUCUGCCCCAGGCAGACCCCGCUGUGAGGCUGCAGGUGUGUCUGGAGACGCUGGGCGUGGAGGAAGAGACGCUGGAGGGAGUUCCGGCUCACCUGCGCCUCCCAGUGGCUGUGACCCGCUACUGGCUGAGGAGGGCCAGCCCUGAGCCGACGCUCCUCAAAGCUCUGCUGAUGGUCAUGGUCCAAGGAGAACUGAACCGACGGACAGGAGGGAUAACAGGCUGGCAGGGAUAUACCAAACACCUCUCUAAGCCUCUGGAUGGUGUCGUGGCUCACAGCUUCAACCAAUGGCAGGCCUGCCUGCAUGACUACUCCAAGCUCAACCUACUGCUCUGCAAGCCCCUCCCUGAACCCCACUUCACCUGGUUGUACCAGGGCAGGCUGGUGCACCGGCGGCAGAAGCAGCUCCAGGAGAGGCCGCCGGAGGUGGAAAAUGCCAACUUCAUCAGUCUGUACAGGAGGCUCCUGGGAGCAGUGACCCAGCCAGACCCAGGGGCCAACAGGAGAGCUGGGGGGCCUGAGGCCCAGCUGAGGGCCAGCAUGGACCACCUUCACCUCAACACCCAGGAUGAGGAGGAGGAGGAGGAGGAGGAGGAGGAGGAGGAGGAGGAGGAGGAGGAGCUGGGCGGGGCUGCAGGCCUGGAUCAGGGAUCAGAUGGUUCUAGGGUGGAGGUUAAAAGCAGGAGGAGUAAGCAGUGCUUGUGGUCCCUGCUGGAGGGAAACAGCCAGAUUUACAAGGACUACCACCUCAGGGACAGCAAGCUAGUGGUGGACGGCAGUAACCUGGCCUACCAUCUCUACUUCAGGAACUUCCUGGACCUGAGCCACGGUGGGGAGUGCCUGGCCUUCCAGGCUCUGGUUCAGGAUUUCUACACGAUUCUGCACAACUGUGGGAUCAAACCUUACGUGGUGAUGGAUGGAGGCUCGAGCAAAAGCGACAAUAAAUUGAAAAAUAUCCUGGAAAGGAACAGAGAAUUUCUGCGGAGGGUCCAGUGCGCCGCUCUGAAGGGCAGGAGGGAGGACAUCCUUCCCCCCUUUACCCUGUCAGUGUUCGAACAGACGCUGAACGGCAUGGAGGUGCCGCUGGUCAGGCAAACCACGCAGGUGUGUCUGGAGACGCUGGGCGUGGAGGAAGAGACGCUGGAGGGAGUUCCGGCUCACCUGCGCCUCCCAGUGGCUGUGACCCGCUACUGGCUGAGGAGAGCCAGCCCUGAGCCGACGCUCCUCAAAGCUCUGCUGAUGGUCAUGGUGCAAGGAGAACUGAUCAGAAAAAAUGGAGGGAAAGCAGAUGGGCAGCAUUAUACCAAACACAGUGAACAGCUUCCAGACGGUGUCGUGGCUCACAGCUUCAACCAAUGGCAGGCCUGCCUGAAGGACGCCUCCCAGCUCAACCUGCUGCUCUGCAAGCCCCUCCCUGAACCCCUCUUCGCUUGGUUGUACAAGGGCAGGCUGGUGCACCACCGGCAGAAGCAGCUCCAGUGGAGGAAACCAGAGGACAUCGUACAGGACGACCAGUUCAGGAGACUGUACAGGAGGCUCCUGGAAAAAGUGCUCCAGCCAGACCCCGGGGCCAACAGGAGAGCUGGGGGGCCUGAGGGCCAGCUGAGGGCCAGCAUCGAGCCCCUUCCCCUCAACACCCAGGAGGAGGAGGAGGAGGAGGAGGAGGAGGAGGAGGAGGAGGAGGAGGAGGAGGAGCUGGGCGGGGCUGCAGGCCUGGAUCAGGGCUCGGAUGGUUCUAGGGUGGAGGUUAAAAGCAGGAGGAGGAAGCAGUAGAGGGAGGGGUGGGAGUGAGCAGGAAGGGGCGAGGCGGAUCAAAGCUUAAAAUGACAAAAAAAACAUUUGAGGGAUCUUAAUCAAACACAAACAAAGAACACACUAUUGGGAAGCUUAGUGUUCGAUUCAUUAAGAAUAACUAAAGUAAAGUCACUCUGCAGGACAUUUUGAGGCAGACCGGUUAGUGGAGACCAGAAAGGGCGUGACUAGGCUGAGAGCAGCUGCUAUUCCCACCAUCCCUGUGCAUCGUCCUCAAACACAGGAGGGCCCCUACACCACCACGCACCCCUGGACCUGUAACCAUGGAGACCAUAUCCUGACCACAACUGUAGCGUUAAAGUGCUGGGCUGAAAUACCCGGUGCAGCAAGAACGCCGCCCUCUGUCCUACCUGACUACAGCGGGGCUCCUGGAGCAAGUUGACCAACGGUUUGACCUCAUGCCAUCAGAUAACAGCCUUCCUCAGGCUCAAGAUGGAGGAGUACCACAAGGCCAUGACCUUCUCCAGGACAUCGUCCUUCUGUUUCGUGGGGUGAAGAUUGGUCCAAAAGGGGGUUGGAAGCCUGUUCAAACAUGGCUGAUAAUGGCAGCAUCCAUUUGAUCUCAGGAGUUGCUGAUACGAGGAGACGGGUUUGUGUUAACGUCAAGGUUUACAAAAGACUGCCUUGAAAAUACAUUGAGCUGUGAGAGGUCUAAAACUCCUGUCCCAUUGCCAGUUGAAUUCCAUUAUGCACUGAGAAUCAUAUCUGCGGGGCAGUUCCACACGACGCAUUAUUGAUACUUUUUCGGAAAUCUCAAGCAGCCUAUUCCAUAAAGUAGUCUGAUCGACGAGACUCAAUUCAUAUACAAAUAUAUGCCUCCUAUAUUCUGAUACUAUAACAUCGAUACACUAUGCACACCAGGACAAUACUGUGGAUUAAUAUCCUGUUGAUGUCAAGAAAGUGAAACCCAUAGAGAACUAAGGAGCCAUUCCCACUGCAGGUGUUUGCAUGUGUGUUUGUGUGUAUGUGUGUGCGUGUGUGUGUUUGCAUGCAUUUGUGUGCAUAUGUGUGUGUGUGUGUGUGUGUGUGUGUGUAUUCCACUAUCUGCAGCACCUCCCCCUCUCCGUUGCACCCUGGCCACACCCGUUUCCUAGGAGAGCAGAUAGACACGCCCAACAGCCAAUCAGAAACCAGACCCGCCCUCCACAAUGCUGAACCUCAGCCACAUCACGACCCUCCAAACAUUCCUCUUUGGUUGGGUGUUGAGUUUCAUCAUGUUUUCAUGAAUCCAUCUUGAGUGACUCGUCACUAUAAACGAGGAACCUCGUUGAAUUG